AUGUCGCUGCUCAAGGCGUCGACGGUGAACUUUGAGAACGAAUGGCGGGAGAUGCAGCCGCCGCUGGCGUCGCUCGUCACGGGCACGCCGCAGACGCUCACGAACGAGAAGUGGCUCAGGAUGUACUCCGGCAUCUACAAGAUCUGCACGAACCCGGGGGCCCCGCAGGCGGAGAUGCUGUUCUUCCGACUGCGAGGGCUACUGGUGAAGCACGUCGAGUCCAUCUUGAAGGAGCUGAACGCCAUCGACGGCGAGCCGGAGUUCCUGAAUCACUAUUGCACGUCGUUCGAGUCCUUCGCCACGGGCACAAGCUACAUCUCGGAGCUCUUCCGCUACCUGAAUCGCUACUGGAUCUCGUACUCGCACUGCGAGACUGGCCAGGCUCCUGUUCCUGGAGUGUACCCCGUCACAGAACUUGCACUUCACAUUUGGCACGACAUCGCGUUCUCCAAGCUCAAGAAGCGCCUGGUGAAGGCGAUCAUUCACAUCUUCCAUGCAGCACGACGCGACAGGAGCGAGUGUUUUGAAGAUGGAGACUGCAUCACGACCACAGUUCAGACGUACUUCAGUCUAGGACUGUGCAGACAAGAUCAAAUGAGCCUCUACCGAGAGGAGCUGGAGCAGCCAUUCUUGGAGGAUGCUGCUAGAUAUUACUCUGCGAAGGCGACGGAGCUGCUGUCGAGGGUGACAAUCUCAGAGUACUUGCGCGAGGCUGAGUUGUUGUGCGACCAAGAACAAAAGCGAUGCGAGUCGCGAUUGCAUCGAACCACUGUCAUCCAAGUUAGACAAGCGUGUUGCCGCGUCUUGGUGGAUGAACAUGCCGAUCAGAUCUGUGAAGACGCGGAGAGCUUUUUGAUAAAUAACCAAAAGGAGGAUCUACACCGACUCUUCUCUCUCUUCUCGGAGCUGACGAACGAGAACGCGUUGAUGUCCUUCAAGAACAUCUUGAAGAAGUACAUUGAGCGAAGUGGCCUUGAGGUCGUGCAGAAGUUCCUACAAGAAGACACGACAAAGAACCCGGAGGGCUAUAUUGAAGCGCUGGUGCAAGUUCGCAACAAAUACUUUGAACUCAUCAAGGACGCUUUUGGCUAUCACCCCCUGAUGCGGUCAGCUCUUGACCAGGCUUGUCGGGCGUUUGCCAACUCCCACCCACGACUUCCUGAAUUGUUAGCGAAGUAUACACACUACUUGAUGUCCCGUGCUAAAAAGCAUGGAGGGAGUCGGGCGCUACUUCUGCCUGGAUCACCGAGCUCUGCACUACCUCCGCUUCUGGACGACAUGUUGGAGCAAAAAAUCGAGAACAUCAGUGUGGUGUUCUGCCUCAUUGACGACAAAGACAUCUUCAAGAAGUAUUAUUCAAAGUUUUUAGCAAAGCGGCUCAUUAAAGGCACCUCUGCUUCAAACGACAUGGAGAUCUUGCUGAUUCAGAAGCUACGCGAAAUUUGCGGGUGCGAUUUUGUGUCUAAGCUGCAGAAGAUGCUCAAGGACAAAAUGCUCAGCAAGGAGUUGAUGGACUCAUUCACCGCUUGGCUGGAGGAGAAAGACAUUGAAUUGCGCACCGAGGAUGCCGCCAAUGCUUCUGCAAUUGAUCUGCACCACGCUGUAUCGUAUCACUGCGAUGUUCUUACUGCUGGAGCCUGGCCGAUUUCUAGUGCAGUAGCAGAGCACAAGAUUUUUUUGCCACCUGCACUGGAAGCUCACGCCAACCUGUUCACAAAAUUCUACACCGGACGAAGCACCGGACGAAAGCUGCUGUGGAUUCAUCACCUGUCGUUUGGAAUGAUCCAAAGUCACUGCUUUGAGAAGCGCUACGAGUUCUUACUCAGCUUCUACCAAAUGCUGAUCCUCGUCCAGUUCAACACGGCAAAAGAGAUGACACGAUCUGAUAUUGUCCAGCUAACAAAUAUCCCGGAUCAAGAUUGCACUCACCACUUGGCAAGCCUCGUCAAGGCAAAGGUUCUCACAAUGGGUGGUGACGCUGCAAACCCAACGUACGCGAUCAAUUUUGGGUUCUCUAGCCGGAAACUACGAAUCUCGGCCGUUCCAAAUAGCCCAGUCGAAUCCCCGAAAGCGGUGAAAGCUCCAACACGCGAAGUUGAGGAGGACCGCAAAAUGUCGUUGCAGGCAGCUAUUGUGCGGGUACUCAAGACACGCCGGGACAUCCACCAGGCGCAGCUUAUGCACGAAGUCGCUGAAAUGCUCGCCAACCAGUUUGUCCCGACUGCCACGGCGAUCAUGCAGAACGUGGAGAUCCUCAUUCAGAAGGAAUAUCUCCGCCGACACGACGACGACCAGACAAGGUUUUUGUACGUGGCAUAA